AUGCAGUCACUGGAAUUGCAGGAAUCGCAGUUCCACGGUCUCGCACAGACAGUACAGUCGCUCCGGCCAUCAAGCACAGUUGAAGUGACUUUUCUCGUUCAGGGUGGUUUCAACAAGAUCUACGAUGUCAGCAUAGAUGAUGAAGCAUUCAUCAUGCGAAUCUCAUUACCCGUCGAUCCAUAUUACAAAGUCACAAGUGAAGUGGUAACAAUGGAUUGGGUGCGCCAUAUCACAAGCCUCCCAAUCCCCAGAGUUAUCAUUCACCAGCCUUGUCGAGACAAUCCGAUUGGAUUUGAAUGGAUGCUUAUGACCAAAUUGCCCGGGAAGCCCUUCGGUGAAAUUUACCAGUCGCUUUCCUUCGACGUGAAGGCCUGUCUAGUUAGGGAGCUUGCUGCAAGCUCGGCUUGCCUUUUUCGAAAUCAACUAUGUGGAAUCGGAAACAUAUAUGGGAAACCAUCCGUCGGUGAAAAUCCAACAUCGAGCGAGCAAAUCCCGCGCCCUAGAGAGCCGGUCGACCCUGAAAUAUCAGUUCUGGCGAAGGGAUCCGACUCAGAUGGUAGUAGCACAUCUAUGGGAAAGAGCUCUGAAGCCCCUUUCAAUCUUCCCGACAAAAGUCCUUCUGAUGGGACUUCACCUGACGUGGGCCGGAUUGUUUCUAUGCAGUUUUUCUGGGACUCACAUAUCCACCAAGAUGUCCACCGAGGCCCAUUCCGCUCAAGUAAGGACUGGAUCACAGCCCGCCUGUUAUUCAACGAAAAUGACUGUCAUUCGGCUCUGGAUAAACAUUCAGCUGGAGACCCCCUUAAUAGCGACGAUGAAGACGAAGUGGAAGAUGCUACAAGGACGUUGCAAAUAAUUGAAAAGCUCAAAUCCCUUCUUCCCCUAGUAUUUCCAACGGAUGAUGUUGAUGAACCAGAGCCGUCAAUGAUAUUCCACCACGACCUCUCACGACACAAUAUCCUUGUUGGCGACAGCGGGGAGUUGACUGGCGUUCUAGACUGGGAGUGUGUUUCAGCAGUCCCGUUAUGGAAGGCCUGCUCCUAUCCUUCGUUUUUAGAGGGGCGACCACGACACUCAGAGCCUAUCCCUGAAAGUUACAAACCUGAAGACAACGGAGAACCAAACGAACUGUACUUCGAGCAUCUAUGGCAGCAUGAGACCACUCUCUUACGUGGUAUAUUCAUGGAUGAGAUGAGAAGACUAGACGCCGGAUGGAUGGAAGUUUUUGAUAAGAGUCAGGUCAAAAGAGACUUUGACUGUGCAGUUCAAGAAUGUGACAUGGAAUUCUCUGCCAGGAAUACCAAUGCAUGGAUCAAAGAUAUCACCGCUGGUAUAAGCAAUCCGCCCACCUUGCAUGAUAGGAUGUAUUCACUAUCCGGUCUCUAG